GUUUUUGUUAGCUGUUUGCUGUCAGCUAGCUAAAAACAUCAGUCGCUAACCAAAAGCCAAAAGAUCAUCAUGGCUAACUUAUUGUUAAGCUCAGUGUUUUUGGUUCUGUUUCUGAGUCUGGUGAAUUCGGCGCCCACAACUUCAGUUACUAAAUUCGUGCCGCCCAUAAACGAUAAUGGAGUUGUUCUAGUACCAUCUGAGAAUAAUUAUUCCCUGAGGAUUGAUCUCGACGGUUCGUCGCGGGAUGAGAUUGUUGAACAGGUUGCACCAGAUGAACUUCAAGUUAAGGGCACUUUUAGCCAGCGUUUUCCCGGAUCCAAAUACCUGCUGGUCACCUACAAAGCUGGUACCGAUGGAUAUGUGGCCAAGUAUAGCAUAUCUAGCCAAACGGAUACUGUAAACCAGAUUCAACAGUUGCCACCCAAUGUGUUGAAAACUGCUGCUGGAUAGUGUUGUUAUGAUAGUUUAAAUAAACAUUAUAUAACGCACAAUAAAACAGACAAGGUCUUUGUUGUUAAACCAUCUAUAAAA